GUCUGUAAACAGUAAAUUAACAGACCUUUAUCAUAAUUCCCAGGUGCUCUCUCUCCGCUGGUACUUACACGUAUGGUGGGCAGGAGAAGGUCGCAAGGGCAGGCCGCCAUGGCUGCCAAUACUGCUGCACUGUCUCCAGCUAGGUGUUCUAUGGAGAUAUGCCAGGCUACUUGUACCUGUCGAACUAAGGAGAGUCAAGCACCAAGUUCGGGAUCUAUGUAUGCUACGCCUAGUCCACGCGUUCUGCGAGGCAGCACCCAUGUUACUGCUUCAGCUACACAUUUUAUUCAAGGAUACCAACAGGGAACCGACUAGCGACCUCACCGUCACUCCCGAACCGAGCAUUGAUGAACCAUCAGAAAACAAAGCGUUCGCGGAGCUGAACGUAAUAUCGGCGUCUCUUUCUUUGUUCUCCGUAUGCUGGGCGCUGGCCAGCUUCAGCAAGAAUGUACGCCUGCAGAACGUUCACCGACUAGUUCUCACCUGGCUUGGAGUUAUAUUCCAGUUCCUUUGGCGCCUGGGUACAAUAUCGGCGCGUAUAUGCGCGCUCACCGUCUACGCUCUAGUCUACGAGUAUUGGGUCUUCUUAGUUAUAGGUCUCCACUGGCUCUCAAUGUUCCUGUGGCUGAUAUCUCCUAAGAACGUGUUCCACGGGGAACGAAUCAGUCGGCCGCGCAAGGCGUACCUCUCCGCGCUCAUAGCAUUCGUAUACGUCUUCGCUUAUGUCAACCUGCAAGAACUUAAUCAUAGGCAGAAAAUGGUGACGUUCUACUGCGUGAUGUGCGUGGAGAACUGGUUGCUGGUGACGGCGUGGUGGUGGUCGGGGCGGGCGGCGCGGCCCGCGCCCCUCGCCGCCGCCACCGCCGCCGCCUUCGCAGCCGGAAUCGCAUUCAUGCUGCUUUACUACAGAUACUUCCACGUGAGGCGACUGGGCUAUAUGCUGGGAGAACACCAACAAGGAACGAACAGCACCAAUACUUCCUCGCAGAAUAAAGAUGGUAAAACAUCUAAUCAAGCUGACAACCCAACGAUACCGGGCGUGUUCAACUGUAGAUUUUCAAACCCAGUCAGCAACAGUGCAGCAAAUGGUCGUAAAAAGAAGAAACCAACUUCGUUCGUGCCCCCUCCAGCUGCCCCCGCUGCCGCAUUCUGGAGGAGACCAUUACCUGCUGCUCAUAAUCAUCAUGGUGGGUCAUCAGAAAAUGAAGGCUCUAGUGUCGGUUCAAGAGUGAACAUCCAACAAAAACUACAAGAGAAGAAGCAGAAACAGCUCGCGGAACUGCGCGUCAUAGAGGAGGAGAUCAAACAAGGCAAGUUGGCCAAAACCACGCCCGUCGCCGCCGAGGAGAUAUACAGCAGUUUACAGCGACAGCCCAUUCCCCGCGCCAAGACACACGCAGAGCCCCCAGCCUGGCCAAGCAUAGAAAUGACGCAUUCCUACCAAAACUACCCCAUCUGCAACAUAUACCCCACUUACACAGAAAUCAAACCAGACUUCAACAUUAACAUAAACUUCCAAAACAACGAAAAUCCACCCACGGAAAUCAACGAUCCUUUAAAAAUGCGAAGAAUACCGAAUAGGUACGACAAUACUCGAACUUUCUACGAAAACCCAGCGAACAUGAGAAACGACGCGACGCGCACCCCGAUGCGCUCGCCUAAUUAUUUAGCGCUGAACGAAAAUAGGAACUACGAUGCUAACGGAUGUACCAGUGCUAGGAACGCACUCAGUAAUAGUCCUAGGAACUACUUGCCAGACGUUAGCAACAACUACGAAACAGCCGGGCUAGACAAACCUAGAAUAGCGCAAAACUCUAUAUACUCCGAGGAUCCUAGACAAAUAGGGGAGUAUUCAGGUUACUGCGAAGGAAAUCAGUACCCGAAAUACGAAAGUAAAGACGAGUACGUCUCAGCUCUGCAUAACGCGCUGAAUGUCCAAAACAUAGACAAUAUUAGGAAUAACUACAAUGAGGUUGGUUGCGGGUACAACCAGAACUGUGAGCGGUUCCAGUACCCGGGGCUGGCGGGGAAGAAGAUGGAGCAGAUGAGGAAGAUGCAGCGCUGCCGGACGCCCGAGAUACUGCUAGCGCCGCACUACCUCGACGGCUGCAACCGACAGGUCUGCUGCCAUUGGGGGCCGCCUUAUACAAACAGGAAGAAAGAGGAAGGCGCAGGCAGUAGCGGUGAGGAGUCUAGUCCGGACGGACCGGCGCGAGAGACACCCCGACCUCCCAGCGAUAUUGAUAGCCAGAUCUCAUUGCCACGGUCGUACACGCUGCCGCGGGAGUUCCGCUACUGGCGACGAAGACCACGACUCAGAGACGCACACGUUCCCAGCAAUAACAGCAGUGAUGGUGACGUGGACAGUGCAGACGACAACGAUAGUGAGCACCGCUCGAACUGUUCCGCGGCGUCGCAGUUGCAGAGCCCGACGUACGAGGCGUACUACCGCCAGGCGGACAUGUUGCCGCGCGACGAUGUCUAUGCCUGCGCCGAUCGACGCCCGCGCCGGAUACACGCGUUCCGCAAACAACCAGCCAAGCCAGAAACCAAGCUAUAGUAACACGUCUGCAUCUAUGUAUGUUCUCAAAUAUUAUUGUCUUGUUAUCAAGUCACAUAUUACUAAAGAUACUUUGGAGAGGUUACGUGUUGCCUGCAAAAUUAUUUAACCUUUUUGUAAGAGAAAGGAUCUAAGGGAUUAUUUGAAUAUGUUUAUUAUCUCAAAAAGUAACAUUGUAUUAUAUAUUUCUAUUUUUAUAUUAUUAUUGACCUGGUAUGCCAGCCCUGUUGUAUUGGCCGGGAAAUAAGUUCAUAUUUUACUAACAAAAAAAAAAACAUAUUUUUGUAUAUUCAAUUAGUCAAAUAUUGUACAUACUAACUUUUAUAUCCGUCCGUUAUGGAUCUCGAUUUUAGUUCAAUAGAUUAUUAUUCAUUGACUCUGACAUAAUUGUAUACACCUAGCGUAAGUUAAAUGUAUUAUACUUUUGUAUUAUUGUAUGAUAGUGUAUAAUAAUAAAUGAAUAGACUGCGAAAGGGGAGAGUGGAAAUAAAACGAUACGUGUCAAACUUUUAUUUACUUUAUUAUCUAUUAUCCAAUUGUAAAAGGGGAACCAGUCACUCGCUAUCACUCCAGGUCACUACAUCGCUACAGAUCUCAGCCAUUUACACAUUUAUAAAGAAACAUCAACCGAAAUAAGGUUAAAAAUUCACAAAUACACAUUUAAUGUUGAUUAAACCUAUCUUACGAGCUAGGGGAGUCGGGCGCGCGGGGAGACGGCUCCCAACUGAACGAAACAGAACAUACGACACUACAACCCUUAGCGAUAAAACGUAUUUAAAGUGUAGGGUCUGUGUCUGCAAUGCGGUUCACGAAUAGAGACUAUCGAAUAUAGACAAAAACAGGUCGCCUCUAUGGGGAAACGCAUUGCGCCGCGUCUCCGCUCGCCCGAUCCCGCACCUACGUUAGCUUCACCCACGGGACUUUGCGACAUCGGCCACAAGUUACAUUAAAACAAUAUCAAAUGCUAUAGCAGCACCUAAAAUUAUAAGAAGCGCUUCGAGAAAAAUAAAACUUAUACACUAUUUCUGUGUAAUGAGAAAUUUGCCUGUCCACUACAAUGUAAGCUAAGCUCGGAAUAACAUAACACAUUGAUAUGAUUGGAAAAUGUAGAAUGAUGUAAAUUGUUACGCGUUAGAUUAUUGCACUAAGGGGAUCAUAUAGGUCUGGGAGUGUUACGUGCAGGCCUGGCCUCCACCCGCGGCGGACAUGAACACAUCGUAUGUACUGAACGUUACGCUAACUUAUCGAAACAAACUAAUUUACAUCGCGGGACGCGUGCACACGCAUACAGUGAGACCACGCCCUCGCACCGAGCCAUCUAGUGCGCUUCGCUUCUUACAUUUUGUAUAAGCAUCAAGAAACAAUGCGACUACCACAGCUCCGUGCAUUAAAAAUUGCAAACAUUUCACACGCACCAUCCCCAAAUUGCAACACCUGUGUAGUAUUUACACUUCUUAAAGUACUCUUAACCAAUCUAAAUCGAAUAAUAUAUUUUGCGAUAGUGCCAACUGCGAGAAACUUUCCAAACUACGUCCGCGUUAAGUAAAUUAACUUACUACAACGAUGCAUCGUGUAAAACGAAUAGGAAACAAUACAAAAGUACUUAUAUACUUUUUAACAUUUAGUGUAUGUUAACUCUUUAUAACGCAGAACAUAAUUGUUUUCACAGAUUUUUACUGCAGCCUUCGGGCCUCACUCCAUUGUAAUACAGUUGUAUCCAUAUUUCAACAGAACAGUUAGGAUACACAGUCAAUGUAUUUUAAAACAACACCGGUCAAAAAACUAAUCAAUUUUACAUCAAGUCAAAAUCAAUAAUUUUAUUUGAAAUUUCAUAAACAAUAAUGCCGUUACGUCAAAUCGCUCGUUUUUAUUUAAAAGCUAGAAAAUUAGGAAAAUUAAGUAUAUCUUAAAAACAAUUCAUGAAAGUGUGAUUUGGACAUUUUAUUGUAUUGAAAAAUCAAGAUAACUUAUUUAUUUAUGUCUAAGUAAAAUACCCAACUGAAUAAGGGUCAAGAUAGAUGUUAAAAAUCUUGAAAAUAAAUAAUUAUUAAUUUGUUAUAAAGAGUUUACAAUGUAACAAAAAUCCCAGCGUCCCUAGUUUCCCUGCAAACAUGUACCAACAAAAUAUAACUCAAGUUAAUGAACUCCAAAUGCAAUGUCUUCUCCGAUCCCAAUAAAAAAAUAAUUUUGGAUUUUACAACACUAGUAUUAAAUCCUUAUUAUAAUAUACGGAUUAUUACAAGUGAUACAACUAUAGUAAUUUUGGAUUUAGUAAAAUAAUGUUAUUAUAAUAACACACAGUGCCAAUGUUCCUGAACUUUGUACAUAUAAUUGUAUAUAAAAAGGGAUUAACAUGACUUCUCAGCGUAACUGGAUACGGCUCGGGUUACUACAAACUUACAUUCAUUAAUGUACUUUCAAACUUAGAACAUACAAAAGACCCGGUACAUAAAGCUGUUGUCCGACAGUCGGCCGGAGCUCCAAUGUACAUACAAUAACAUAAGCCAAAAUACGAAAAAACAACAAGUUAAAUAUAAACUUUAUAAUUUAAACCGCCGACGUUCGCGCCUCAGCUUUAUGCCAAUACAAAUCCAUACAAUUAUGUAACUGAUUAUGACAAAAAAUAGUAUGCAAUUAUCAAACUAUAACUUAUAAAAUAGAUAACUCUAGCGUAUAUAGUGGAAAUAUAUCAGUUACGAGCUAACACCGAGCCGUAUGCCUCAUAACAUAAUCAACAGACGUGAUCGUAACUACUAAUACAGGCACAGUUAAAAUAAAACGAUCUUACAAUCCUAGAGCUGUUUUACUUGGGUUAUCCUUAGUCUAAUGGGAAUUAUUCCUACAACAUAAAAUUACAUAGGCCCACUCGGCUACGCCGGACAACGUGACGCAUGUCAGCUUGUAGUGUUGUAGGGAGGGGGGCGGUGCCGGGCGGCGCCGGGGGCAUUAGUCUAAGUAUGUAAAGUGGUGCUUACUCGACUAUGUAUGUGUUGUGGCCGAACAGUCACCUGCUCACGAUGAUAUGAGCUGUAAAAAUAAAAGUCAUAUUACUACAUUAU